AUGUCAAGAAUAGACGUCGUCCUCUCAUUCAGCUACGCUAAAGGCUCAAUUGGCGCUGCCUAUUAUGAUGCGGCCACCCAAACGAUACAUUUAUUCGACGAUCGCAUCGAGGACCGUGAUUUCAUGCUGGUCGACGGUAUUCUGGAGGCUGCCGACCCGACCAAGGUGCUCGCGAACCGGAAUCAAGAUCCGGAUUUCUUGGCUCACCUAGCUAGAUACUGUUGCGUUCCGGAAUUUGGGCAGGAGUUCCCCGGUAGCUCGGACAUGGAAGAGGAUGUGGAUGACGAGGACGAAGAAGGCCACCUCGAUCCAAAAAGCUUCACAACAAUCAGGCGAAAGGACGACGGCACGGCGAACUCGCGGGAGGACGGCGACGAUGAAGAUGAGGAUACCGUGCCCGAAACGCAGCAGCCCAGGGAAUUUGAUGUGGAUGAGGAUGAAAACCUCGAUCAGCACGCAGAAUUGGUCGUCCUCCCCAAUAAAGCCUACAAAAUGGACCGAGCCCAUAGGCGUGUUGCGCACUUGUUGCAGGCGUCUGAGAGCUCGGAUGCAGAGCAACAAACACGUUUCCGUUUCCGCUUCGACCUGGAGAUGAUCAACAUGUUUCGAGCGCUGGGGUCGCUGCUGCUCUAUUUGGAUUCUAUCCGAUUUGGCGUCGAAAGAUCGAACCUGGCUGCCGAGAUUCCGGUGAAGGGAAUCCAGAAGUUCACAGCCAGCCGGCUGGUCGAUAUGGACAAGGCGACGUUCAAGGCGCUCGGCAUAUUCCUCUUCACGGGAAAAGAUGAACCCAGGUAUCGUUCACUGGCGGCUGUACAGGAUCACAAUCGAAUGUCGCUGUUCUCCCUCUGCGACCGGACACGAUCGAGUCUGGGCCGGCUCAUGCUGAAAAGAUGGUUUGAGCAGCCGACGGGCGACAUGGGCACGCUGCAGAAACGGCUCGCAACCGUCAAAUUCCUGGCCGACGAAGGAAACGGGGACAUUGCCCACUUCCUACAUAUCAAUCUUCGCAAGAUCAUCAGCGUGCGCUCUAUUUUGAGACGCCUGGCCGCUUCGAAAAUGAAGUCUUCCGACUGGAAUCCGCUCAUCUACUCCUCGCGCAGCAUGUGCAACAUCGGGACGUUUAUCAAGAAACGGCGCUCCCGAUUGCCGCUGGUCGACGAUCUGCUGCCCUAUUUUGACGAGGAAGUGGAGGCGGCCACCAACCUGUUCUCGACGAUGAUCGACGUCCAGCGCACGAGCGAGGAGGGGCGUUUGGCGCUGAACAGAGGCAUCGACCCCGACCUCGACUUCAAGUACGACGCCGUUGCCUCAUUUGCCAGCAACACUUCCUUUUUGCGCAAGCAGUCGCUCAUCGAGAGCCAGACGUUCGGUUUCGCCGUGCACAUUGCGUACACGCAUUCGUUCAAGUUUACAACUGUUAUUGAGGAAGCCUACUUCAAGGAAACAAACCCCCUCAUCACUCAAUGCCUCUACGUCGAUGACGGCAACUAUUACGUGAAAACGGAGCUGACGGAACUGCUGGAUGAGAAAUUCGGCCACUACAACAACGAGAUCUUGGAUACGGAACGCAGCGCUGAGACGCGAUUGACGGGACUGCUGAAAGAGAACGCCGGAAAACUGCUGAAAAUGACGAGAGCAAUCGCGCUGCUCGACGCCGCUUUGUCGCUGGCCAAAGUCGGACGAGAAUUGGGAUGGUGCUGUCCAACGUUGGUGGAGCAGAGCGUCAUUGAUGCCGAUGGGGCAUUCCAUCCGCUUGCCGCGCUCUCUUUGAAGGGCCACUUCGUCAGGAAUACGAUACGCUCCAACGACGAUUACACCAAGGUCAAAAUAUUUACAGGCCCCAACGCGUCCGGGAAAAGUAUCUACCUGAAGAUGGUGGGGCUAAUCACCUACCUUGCCCACAUCGGCUCGUUUGUACCGGCUGAACGAGCGACGAUCGGUCCCGUCGAUCGACUCAUCACACGGGUAUACACAGUCGACACGGUCCUCGACGGCUUCUCGACAUUUGCGCACGACAUCAAGCAGAUCUCGACGGCCGUGUCCAGGGCCACCAAGAAUUCGGUGGUCGUGAUCGACGAAUUCGGCAAGGGCACCCUCACCGAAGUCGGGCUUGCCGUGUUGACGUCAAUUCUGAAUCAUUGGAUCAGGAGGGUGCACGAUUCCCCGCACGUGUUCGUCUCGUCGCAUUUCCACGCGUUGCCGUCGUUGAUUCACAAGGAUCCCGAGGUGCUCUCCUUUCACGCGAUGGAUGCGGUGAUACUAGGCAAGCAGCUUGAGUUCAAGUACAAAGUCGUAGACGGGCUCGCGACGUCGUCAUACGCGACGCACAUGGCGGCCGAAAUGGGCAUCCCCGAGGCGAUUGUCGCCCGGACGCAAGAGAUCUACGACCAGCUGUGCGAGGGUGUCAGUCUGCUCGGCGUUCGCCACGACGACGUCGAACAAGUUGAAAAUGAACGAAUGUUGCGAGCCGUUCGCACAAUUUUGCCCCGUUUCCUCGCAUUUAGCAAACGUAAAAAGGCGGUGCGGCUUCUCCUUCGCGUUGGUGAACUCGCUUUGUUUGCCAUCGCGUCGGAAAGGGUGCUGCCCUACUUGGUGCACGCAGCGACGGUAGAGACGGAAGCCUCGGUGCGCGGCCGCGCCAUCCACGCCAUCACCCAACUCCUCGCUGCUGUCGAGCCACAAACCCACGAGGAGGCCGCGACGUUUAUGGAAUAUCUACUGCCAAAAUAUGACGCCAUCGCCAACGAAACGCGCACCGACUCGAUGGCCCACAUGGCGCUGGCCGUCUGCUUGGGCAGAAUUGCUGACACGGCUCAUCGGUACAUGAUCGCGUCCCGCUCACUCCAAAGUACGGCUGUCGACGACGAGGUGUCCGGCGCUGAACCCGCUAAUGAAGGCACCCGCCACGAGAAGGAGGCCACCGCCCUGUUCAAGGCCAUCUCAGGCAUUUUUGUGCACCUGUGCGCCCGGGGGAACGAGAUCAAGCAGUGUCUCGUCGACCGGGAAUCGCUUCAGAAGCUUCACCGAUUCGCCGUGGCCGUUCAGGGUGCCGAUCAGGGCUUUCCCCUCGACCACAUGGUCACCUUUUUCAACAUCAGGGAGGAUUGGCGGCUCCGCGCCUUUUUCUUCGACUCGCUGCCACAUUGUGUGUUCAACAAGAAGAACGUCGAGGCGUUGCGCUCGCUUUUUGAGCAGGGCAUCAUCGAGUUCGAGGAGAUGGUCGUCGUCAAGGCGAUAAACUGCAUCGUCCACCUCACCCGGGUCGAUUUGCUGGAGAAGGAGACCGUCAACGAGCUCUUCCCACGACUCGCCCCGUCAGUGUCUCGUCGACCGGGAAUCGCUUCAGAAGCUUCACCGAUUCGCCGUGGCCGUUCAGCGAUGGACCCGCCAUUCAAUCUCCCACUUCCGGCUGGAUUCUCAGGAGGACUGCCACCGUUCAUUGUACCUCCACAGCUACCUCAGCCUAGUCACGUCGACGUGCAGCGAAUUCCUCGCCAUCUGGACAUCAAGCAAAGCUACAAAGCUUUCCGCCAACUCGUCGGUAUCCGCUAUGACGAAUUGGCUCGCGAACUGGGCUUGACGAACGAUGAACAGACAAUGCUUCUAAAUGGCACUGCGGAGAACACCGAACAAUUGUGCACGCUGUGGGGCCGCAUCCAGCCUCUCCUACCGGGACUUGUCAAGCAGCUCAGGGAGCGUCAGGCAGCUGCGAAGAAAGCGAAAGAGCAGGCAAAAUAUCAACGCCGUAAACUGAAGAAGGCCGCACAAGCCGAAGCUACUGCUCAAGAAAAUGCCGUACCGGUCCCAAAAGAACCGAAAGAAAAAUCCGAA